GCUCCGAGAGUUCCACAAGGUGCAGAACUCUUUCUUCGCGGAGCUUGCGGACGACUGUCCCAGAAGCUGCCCCUCCACCUUCAACCUGAACAUGCCCAGGGAAGAGGGCCUGUUCGGCAAGGGCGGGCACCACCAGUACCUCUCGUCCUGCAGGAACUUCAUCUGCAAGUCCAUGGCCGACACCGACCACAAGUCCCUGCUGAGGCGGACAAAGUCCUACGUGGAGCGGCUUCUCACGGGCCAGUCGCUGCUCGUCCCCAUCUAUCCGCGGGGCCACCUGCCAGGUUAUGUCAUCAUGGCGAACCUGGCCCCGCCCUUGGAGAAUCAUGAUAGAUGGGACUUCAAGUAUGACCUGAAGGGCUGCGCCGACGACAAGAUUUUGGAGAAAGAUGGAAAGAUGGUCAAGCCAGUGCGAAGACGAUGGUAUCGCGCGGACAGGUGGUCAAAAUGUUGCUGGUCAGACUUGCGCUGGCAGUAUUGGAAGGGGAAGGAGGGCGCCCGGAAGCUGGAGUUCGCCUUCCCGCCGGACCAGCGAGCGGAGAUUGUCCGGAAGAUCCAGGGCGACGCCGAGUGGCUGAUCAAAGAAGGCCUCAUGGACUACUCGAUCUUCAUGGCGGUCCGGCAGACCACCAUGGAGAAGCUCGCCGGCGCCGGCGAGCGCACCUCGCCGGUGAGGCAGUACGCGCGGCUCGAGGGGCAGGAGCGCGUCGUGGUGGUGUCGCUGGGCAUCAUCGACUUCCUGCAGCCGUGGACGGCGGGGAAGAAGGCCGGCGAGCUCGGCGGCCUCGGCAUCUUGGCCUCCGUGUCCGACCUGCCGAAGACGGAGGCCCUGGGCAUCGAGCUGCACGCCGGCGGGGCCUCCGCGGCCCCCGUCUCGGUGACAGACGGCUCCUUCACCAAGGAGGUCCUCAUCGUGGACUACCCGCUGCUCAGCAGGGACCCUGGCCAGAGCUCCGAGGUGGUGCGCGGCGCCGUGCUGCGCUGCCUGGAGCACUUUGCGUGGAGCGGCGUCGUGGGCGUGUCCUUCACCAGGGAGGUGGCCGUGCGGCUGGGGGUGGCGAGCAGCGACUCGGCCGUGAUGGAGAAGGAGGUCAGCCGCAUGGCGUCGUCGUUUACCAAGGGCAAGGUCAUGCUGUGCCACGCAGUGCUCGACAGCAACGCAGCCGCGUACGACGAGCUCGUCUUCGGCGCGAGCGCGACCAGCGAGGGCUGGCAGCAGCGAGUGGUGCUCGUCUGCAGCCUCGCCCGCUACGUGGGCGCGGCGCUCUUCAACGACGGCCGCCGGGUGCGCAUCUCCCCCCUCGGCGCGCUCUUCGGCGCCGAGGGCCGCCCGCCGCCGCGGGCCUCCCCGCAGAGCUGUGCCGCGGGCGGCCGGUUCGUGCUUCCCGAGCCGGAGAGCCUGGAGUUCGAGGAGUGGGUGGGCUUCGUCGACGAGCAGCUGCGCGACGUGGCCGCGGCCGUGUCCUCGCUCGACCGUGUGCUGCUGAUCCCCGCGGGCCGACGUGCCGGGGCUGCCCCGCUCGCGCCGAGGCUCGCCAGGCUGCAGGAGCUGGCGGCGCAGCGCGGCCUGGAGGUCGCGGAGGUGGAGCAGGACGAGGGCUCCAUCGUCCGCGGCGUGGCGCUGUGUGCCGUCAUCGAGCUGCAGCAGGUGCAGCUCCUCCGCGCGCUGGAGGGCAUCAUGGACCACCGCUCGACGGCCCGCUCGCUGUCGGAGGCCCACUGCGGGGCCGUGUGGGACCGGGUGGACGCGACCUGCAAGGGCUGUGGUGGACGCGGGCGAGCUGGAGCAGGUCCUGCGGGUGCUGGGCGCGAGCGAGGCGGCCGGGCGGCAGGUUGUGGAGGUCCUGGGCGCCUGCGGCGGGAGGAUCGGGUUCGACUCCUUCAUGGCCUGGUGGAUCCGAGAGGUGCGCCAGGCCAGGGUGGUGACCCUCACGAGCGCUGGGGCUUGGCAGCGGCUCCUCGCCGCGGCCCCACCCGAUGGCUUUGGCGACCUGGUCGUGUUGGAGGUGACGUUCACCUUCUGCCGCCAAUGCCGCGGAUUCGACGCCAAGUUCCGGCGCUUCGCGGAGCAGUACAGAGAGGUGCGGUUCGUGCAGCUGGUGGGCAACGGCACCGUGGGCGCGAUGCGCUUGUGCCAGCAGGAGCUCGAGGUCACAGUCAGCCCAGCGUUCUUUGUCUUCCGGAGAGGCGGCGAGCUGCUCAGCCAAUGGACCGGUGCGAACGCCCAGCGCUUCUGCGACAAGAUGAGAGAGUGUCUCGCUGGCGCGCGCGCCUGACCAGGCCUGCGCACUUGUCACGUCAAUAA